AUGGAGCAAGAACAAGCAACUCAAACUAAUCCAAGGACAUUGAGCUCAUAUACUACACCUACUCUGGAUGGCACUACAUCAAGCAUUAGGAGGCCCAAUGUGCAAGCAAACAACUUCGAGAUCAAGCCUGCAAUUAUUCAGAUGAUCCAGAUGAGUGUACAAUUUUUUGGCCCUAAUGAUGAUCCUAACUCUCAUAUUGCUAAUUUUCUUGAAAUAUGUGAUACUUUUAGGCAUAAUGGAGUUAGUGAGGAUGCACUUCGACUUAGGUUGUUUCCCUUUUCCUUGAAAGAUAGAGCAAAAGAAUGGCUUAAUUCUCUUCUAGCAGGUGGUACCCUUAUGAGGAAAACUCCCGAGGAAGCAUAUGAACUUUUGGAAGAGAUGGCAGCCAACAGUUAUCAAUGGGACAAUGAGAGAGUAAAUAAAAAGGGAGUUGGAAUUUAUAAUGUUGAUUCUAUCACUGCUUUAUCUGUUCAAAUUGCUGAAUUAAAUAAGAAUUUGGGUAAUUUGGGGGUUUCAGCUAUGAAUGCUUCUUCUUCUUCUUCUUCUUCCCAUUUUCUUUCUUGUGAGCUUUGUGGGCGAGGAGGACAUGCUAGUGUAGAUUGUCAAGUAGGAAAUCCUUUUUCUUCUGGAUGGAGGAGCCAUCCUAAUCUUUCUUGGAGUAAUAAUCAACAAAGAGUGCCCCCUGGCUCUCAACAACAACAACAUCAAAUUCCACAGGAGAAGAAGCCAAAUUUGGAAGAUAUGAUGGCAAAAUUUAUCAAUAGUAUAGAAGCAAGAAUGCAAAGCUUGGAAACUCAAAUUGGACAACUUGCCCAAGCAAUUUCAGAAAGACCACAAGGAGACUUGCCUAGCAAUACUAAGAAGAAUCCAAGGGAACAUGUAAAAGCCAUCACUUUGCGAAGUGGAAAAGAACUUGAAAGUCUUGAGGAAGAAAGGUUGAUGAGGGUGCUUAUGGAGCACAAAAAGGCAUUUGGAUGGAGCAUUGCUGAUAUUCAUGGAAUAAGUCCAUCAAUUUGCAUGCACAAAAUCUUGAUGGAAGAAGGAUUCAAGCCUAUGGUGCAAUCCCAAAGAAGGUUAAAUCCUAAUAUGCAAGAGGUAGUAAAGAAAGAGAUGAUAAAAUGGCUUGAUUCAGGUAUUAUCUUUCCUAUCUCUGAUUCUUCUUGGGUAAGUCCUAUGCAAGUUGUGCCUAAAAAGGGUGGGAUCACUGUGGUGAAAAAUGAAAAUAAUGAAUUAAUUCCCACAAGAACAGUAAUGGGAUGGAAGGUGUGUAUUGAUUGUAGGAAAUUAAAUGAUGUUACUAGAAAAGAUCACUUUCCCCUUCCCUUCAUUGAUCAAAUGAUUGAAAAACUUGCGGGUCAAGAAUUUUAUUGUUUUCUUGAUGGUUAUUCUGGUUAUCAUCAAAUUCCUAUUGCUCCUAAAGACCAAGAGAAAACUACUUUUACAUGCCCAUAUGGAACAUUUGCAUUUAGGAGAAUGCCCUUUGGUUUAUGUAAUGCUCCUGCAACAUUUCAAAGGUGCAUGAUUUCUCUCUUUUCAGACUUCAUUGAUGAUUUUAUGGAAAUUUUUAUGGAUGAUUUCUCUGUCUUUGGAUCUUCAUUUGAUGCAUGCUUGCAUAAUUUAUCUUGGGUGCUCAAAAGAUGUGAAGAAUCUAAUCUCGUUCUUAAUUGGGAAAAGUGUCACUUUAUGGUUAGAGAAGGGAUUGUUUUGGGUCACAAAGUGUCAUCUAAAGGCAUUGAACUGGAUCGAGCUAAAAUUGAAUUAAUUGAAAAACUUCCUGUUCCUAAAUCCGUAAAAGAAGUUAGAGGUUUUUUGGGACAUGCAGGUUUUUAUAGGAGAUUUAUUAAGGACUUCUCUAAAAUUGCCAAGCCCUUAACUAAUCUUCUAGUAAAAGAUGUGCCUUUUCAAAUCACUGAUGAUUGUAUACAUGCAUUUAAUUGUUUGAAAGAGAAAUUGAUCCAAGCUCCUAUUGUUUCAGCCCCCAUGUGGAAUUUGCCUUUUGAGAUCAUGUGUGAUGCAAGUGAUGAUACUUUAGGUGCAGUUUUAGGACAAAGAAUAGACAAGAAAUUUCAUACCAUUUAUUACACAAGUAGAACUAUGAAUGAUGCACAGAAAAAUUAUUCAACAACUGAAAAGGAACUACUUGCUGUAAUGUUUGCUAUUGAAAAAUUUAGACCUUAUUUGAUAUUGUCUAAAGUAAUUGUCUAUACUGACCAUUUUGCAUUAAAGUAUUUACUUGCUAAAAAAGAUGCUAAACCUAGGUUGUUAAGAUGGAUUUUAUUGCUGCAAGAAUUUGACCUAGAAAUUAAGGAUAAAAAAGGCAUUGAAAACUUGGUGGCUGAUCACUUGUCAAGAUUAGAUGGGGAGCAUGUGGAAAGCAUGGCUAAACAAUCUUUGCAUGAUGAAUUCCCUGAUGAAAAAUUAUGCUUUGUGCGAGAUAAUGAUGAACCUUGGUAUGCUGAUUUUGCUAAUUUUCUUGUAGGUAAUGAGUUGCCCCCUGAGAUGUCAUUUCAUCAAAAGAAAAAGUUUUUAUCAGAUGUAAGGUACUAUCUUUGGGAGGAGCCAUACUUAUACAAGAUUUGUGGAGAUGGCAUGCCUACCUUAUUCAAGGAUGCUUAUGUUUAUGUAAGUGCUUGUGAUCGAUGCCAGCGGACAGGUACACAACGAAAGAUGACAUUGAAUGAGCUUGAAGAAUGGCAGCAUGAAGCUUAUGAAAAUUCUAGGCUUUAUAAGGAAAGAACCAAGGCAUGGCAUGAUGCGCACAUUAAAAAGGAGUUCAAAGUUGGAGAGAAGGUUCUUCUCUAUAAUUCUAGAUUGAAACUUUUUCCAGGCAAGCUAAGGUCAAGAUGGAGUGGUCCAUACACAGUAACUCAAGUUUUCCCUUAUGGUGCAAUUGAAGUCUCUCAUGAAACUAAGGGCACUUUCAAAGUUAAUGGAUAA